GAGGACUGUUUGGAUGAGGAGAUUCCUCAGGGCCUGGCAGGACCGCCACUGGGGCUGCCUGGACCCCAGGGCUGCCGCCCCCUCCUGGGGCCCCUCCCUGGCCAGGCCCUCCUGGAGUGGGGGUGGGGUGUCCGGGCUGGUCUGGCAGCACAGCAGCUAAUUAUUCUAUUCAGACCCCUCCCUGGAGAUGUCAAAUCCUUGGGGCCAACAGAUUCAGCCCCUAAACCCGUCCGACCAGUUGUCUGGGAGAAGGGGGCGCCUGGGAGGGGCAGCAGGAGAUGCCAGAAGCGGCGCCCCAUCCCAGCCCAGGGAGCGGAGCCUCUGGGGCUCUGGAUGCUGUGGACAGACCCUCGGACAGACAAACGGUUGGACGCUUGUUCUGCCCAUGGGGCUUGGCAGGGGACAGUCUCCGCUGCUGAUGGCACUGUUGCUGCUGCUGGCCUGCCUCCAGACGGGGAUGAGCCUGGAGCGCAUCAGCUACGUGCCCCAGCUCUCGAGCGCCACCCUGGCAGGGAGGCUCACCCAGUCCACCUUCACGCUGGAGCAGCCGCGGGGCCAGUUCAGCCACCCCAGCAUCUCCGACUCUGACGCCAUCUGGCUGGUGGUGGCCCACAGUAACGCCACGCAGAAGUUCACGGCCCCACAGAAGGUGGAGGACACCCCGGUUCCUGCCGACUUCCCCCAGGGGGGCUACUACCUCACGCUGAGGGCCAGCCGGGCUCUCUACCCUGGCGGCCCGCCCAGCAACCAGCUCCGGGUCCUGCGCGUCGGCAAUGAUACCCACUGCUCCCCGAGGACAAGAGGCUGCAACCGCCCGCUGCCAGGCCCCGGCCCCUACCGAGUGAAGUUCCUGGUGAUGAGUGACAGGGGACCCAUGGCUGAGACAGAGUGGUCCAGUGAGACCCGCCUGCAGCAAGCCGAGGUGCUGCAGGCUGCCCCAGGGCCCCAGACCGCGGGCACUGUGGUCAUCAUUGCCAUCCUUUCCGUCCUGCUGGCCGUCCUCCUCGCUGCCCUCCUCACUCUGCUCAUCUUCACCUGGUACGACACCUGCGGGAGCACGCCCAUCUCCGGCCCAGGGGAGCUGGUGUUCGUCAGACAAUAUGACACCCACCACAUGUCGAGGCCUUCAGCUGUGGGGGGCUCCUGAGGGCCUCCAGGGGGCCCCUGGUGCAGGCUGGGGGCCCACCCUGCUGCUUCAGAGCCCGAGGAGAGAGUGUUUCUAACUAAGGGGGAGGGGAGGGGAGGGUAUCCUUAGCCCAAAGCUUGGGCCUGCUGCUUUGAGGAAUAAAUGUCCCCUGAGUGGCUGGGUCAUGAUACAUC